UACCCCGUCUCAUUUCCCCUACGCGAGCGGCUAGGGUUUCCAGCCAGUGCCAGACCAGCCGCUGCCGCCGCCCGACGCCGGCGCCCCUCCCGAUCCACGCGGUCGCCUCCACCACGCGCUGCCCCGACCCACGAGGCCCGCCAUGGAUCCCUCUUCCGGGUAGCAGAUCUCCGCCGCCGCACGCCUCCCUGCCUCGUCGCCGGUCGGCCUCGAGCCACCAAGCCGCCACCGCCGCCGCCCGCCGACCGCCGCACCUGGAACCGGACGCUCCUCUCCCUCGACUGCUUCCUGCCUGCGCGGCAUCGACCACCAUCUCUUUCCAUUGCUGCACUGCCUGCGCCUGGAGCCAGACCUCCGGGCCACCAUCCCGCCUGCUCUUCCCCCGGGAAACAGCUCUCAAUGGCACAAACAAGUGAAAGCCAAUCAAGCGGCGGGGAAAAAAGUGAAGAUGGCUCUAUCCUUGUUCCAUUCACCCUUCGUAGGGAGUAUCUGCAUCGUGAGACCGGAUUCGGAUCUUUCUUUUUGGAGAUGCCUUCCCUUGUAGAAGACAUAUCCAAAAUUCAUAAAAAUCCUUAUCCAAAAGUUGUCCUUCUAGUAAAUGACAAAGAUAAAAAUCAGAAAGAGUGCUUAAAGAUAAUUCGUGACUUAAAUCAUGAAAACAUUCUUCGAGUGGAGUUUUGGGAAGAAGUUAGCAAUGAACCACAUAUCCGAGUAUAUGUUGAGCCUUAUACCGCAAUCAUUUCAGAGCUUUUCCAGAAUUUUGAAUCUCUUAUCAAUCCAAGAACAAACAUGAUUCCAUCUCAAUCUUUGGAAGAAAUCGUGAGUGCAACGAUGGGUGCUUUAGAUUAUAUCAGAGACAAUAAUCAAUAUCACGGCAACUUCUCGUGGAAAACAACGUUUUAUCAUUUGGUGAAUGGCAAUGUUAUAGUGAAGUUGGCAAACUUCGAAAGGAAAAACUCAAAUGAUCUGCUACAAUGUCAAGUUGAGGAUGUUACAUCUCUUGGAGCCUCUCUUGAGGCGCUAUCUCAGCAUCUCAAAGAUAAUUAUCCUAAUGUCAAGAAUUACACGUAUUGCUUGAUAGAUGAUCUUGCAAGGAAGUUAAAGUCCGUUACCAAGGAUUCAAUCGGUACAGUGAAACGUGAUCUUCAAGAUCAUGAAUUCUUUUGGGAUGAGAAAAGAACGAAGAUAUUCUUUGCCUAUGAGGUACCUGGAAUAUGGAACGAUACAGCUAUUCAGAAUAGAUUUAGGCUGUCUCCGUCUAUGCCAACGCUCCCAUGGACAGCGGCAUGGGCAUCUGAUCCACUUAUGGUAGAAAUGGAAAGGUAUCGAUCAAAUAAUGGGCUUGGAGACUAUGAUGGAGAAAGUUUGGCAGAUUUUUUCAGAUUCAUAAGCGGGAUGUAUACUCAUGAAAAUGAGCUCAGAAAAACUUUGAAGAAUGAAAAGCUCUCUAUUGAUGCUGAAGUUCGCAAGAAGUAUCCAAGUCUAUGUCAUGAUCUAAAUGCCGCUAUACGGGGUGAUGCGUAAGGCGAUGCCAUGAAAGAGUGAGGUCCGAUGUUGCGGGUCUUCAGACACCAGAAGAGGAUGCUAAGCUUGUAGAAGGUGCAUGAAGUUUGAUGUGGAGUCAUGAACAAAACACUGAAUCAAGACGCUGUCCGUGUAUCUGUAGUACAACGUUCCAGCAAACUGGGAUGUUGCCUAGUUUAAUUCAGAGGCUGAGCAUGGUAGUGAUGUUGCCUAGUUUAAUUCGGAGGCCGAGCAUGAUAGUGAUUCUUCCUAGUUUAAUUCAGAGUCGAGCAUGAUAGUGAUGUUGCCUAGUUUAAUUCAGAGGCCGAGCAUGGUAGUGAUGUUGCCUAGUUUAAUUCAGACGCUGAGCAUGGUAGUGAUGUUGCCUAGUUCAACUCAGAGGCGGAGCAAGAUAAAUCGAACUGUGAUGUUGCCUAGUUUAACUGUAGUUGUAAACUGUAAUAUUGGAUGCUGUGGGUCUGCUGUUUUAGUUGCUUCUAGAAGACACUUUGA